UUGAAAUCAAAAAAGGAAUGUGGAAGCUCAAGGUAAGUGAGGGAGAGAAUGAGGCGUGGGUUACUAGUGUGAACAAUCACAUAGGCAGAAUGUUCUGGGAGUUUGAUCCAGACGCUGGGACUCCAGAUGAACGAGCUCAAGUUGAUCAACUCCGAAAUCACUUCACCAGCAAUCGUUUCCGAUGCAAGCAAAGUUCCGAUCUCAUGAUGCGACUUCAGUUUGCAAGGGAUCAGAAUCAUGUUCCGGAAUGGGGAGAAAAUAAAUUAGUUAAAGUGGAAAAAACGGAGGAUAUAACCAAGGGAAUGGUGCGCGACAUUUUAAGAAGAGCUGUUGGCUUCUACGGGAGCCUGCAAGUUGAAGAUGGAUUCUGGCCUUCUGACUACGGAGGCCCUUUGUUUCUCAUGCCUGGCCUGGUGAUUGGUUUAUAUGUGACGGGAGGUCUGAGCACAGUAUUGGCAGCUCCUCAUCGUGAAGAAAUGUGCCGCUAUAUAUACAACCACCAGAAUGAGGACGGGGGUUGGGGAUUGCAUAUAGAAGGGCCCAGCACAAUGUUCGGUACGGUUCUAUCAUAUGUCACCUUGAGACUUCUUGGGGAAGAAAUGGACGGUGGUGAUGGAGCCAUGGAUACAGGCAGACGUUGGAUUGUUGAUCGCGGCGGAGUCGUUUUCGUUCCCUCGUGGGGCAAGAUCUGGCUUUCGAUACUCGGAGCGUACGAGUGGAGUGGCAAUAAUCCACUGCAACCAGAGACGUGGCUUCAACCUUACUCUCUGCCCACACAUCCAGGACGGAUGUGGUGUCACUGUCGCAUGGUAUAUUUGUCCAUGUCAUAUUUGUAUGGAAAGAGAUUUGUGGGACCCGUCAGUUCUUUGAUUUUGUCACUCAGAACAGAGCUAUACACCACCCCCUAUCACCUUGUUGAUUGGGACCGCGCCAGAAAUCGUUGUGCCAAGGAAGACUUGUAUUAUCCACAUCCACUGGUACAAGACAUACUGUGGGGAUAUCUUCACAAAGUGGUGGAGCCUAUGCUUAUGAACUGGCCCUUUUCUAAGCUCAGAAACAAGGCCCUUCAAACCAUCAUGCAACACAUCCACCAAGAAGAUCAAAGUACUCAAUAUACCUGUCUUGCUCCGGUCAACAAGGUGCUAAACAUGAUCUGCUGCUGGGUGGAAGACCCAAAUUCAGAUGCCUAUAAGUACCAUCUUUCUAGAAUUAAAGAUUAUCUCUGGAUAGCUGAGGAUGGCAUGAAAAUGCAGGGAUAUAAUGGGUCACAAUUUUGGGAUGUGGCCUUCGCUGUUCAAGCAAUUGUUGCCACAAACCUGGUAGAUGAAUACGGCUUAAUACUUAAGAAAGCACACAAUUUCGUUAAAAACACUCAAGUGAGGGAAAAUAGCUCCGGUGAACCCCAAACGUGGUAUCGCCACAUUUCUAAAGGAGGAUGGCCUUUUUCCACACCCGACAAUGGUUGGCCCGUUUCUGAUUGUACUGCCGAAGGUUUGAAGGUAGCAGUGUUAUUAUCUAAGAUGCCAACUGAGAUUGUAGGAGAAGCAAUACCGACUGAACAAUUAUACGAUGCCGUUAAUCUGAUGUUAUCUUUACAGAACAAAAAUGGAGGAUUUGCAUCAUAUGAGCUGACAAGAUCUUAUCCAUGGCUGGAGAUAAUCAAUCCAUCUGAAACAUUUGGAGAUAUCGUCAUAGAUUAUCCGUACGUGGAAUGCACAUCGGCUGCAAUUCAGGGACUGAAAGCAUUCACAAAACUGCAUCCUGGAUAUAGAAGAAAAGAAAUCAGUAAUUGCAUCCAAAAGGCUCUUCACUUCAUUGAGAACAUUCAGCAGGCUGAUGGGUCGUGGUAUGGAUCGUGGGGGAUAUGUUAUACUUAUGGCACUUGGUUUGGAAUAAAAGGGUUGGUGAAUGGAGGCAGAAGCUACGAGGAUAGUCAUCACGUCAGAAAAGCUUGUGAUUUCCUUUUAUCCAAACAGCUUCCUUGUGGCGGAUGGGGAGAGAGCUUUCUUUCCUCCCAAAACAAGGUGUAUACAAACUUACCCGAGAACAAGUCGCAUCUGGUAAACACUUCCUGGGCAAUGUUAGCUCUCAUUGAAGCUGGACAGGCUAAGAGAGAUCCCACCCCACUGCAUCGUGCCGCAAGAGUACUGAUCAAUUCACAGAUGGAAAACGGAGACUUUCCACAGCAGGUACAUUUACAUAUA